GAACAUUACAUUGCAUCUGUACCUCGCUGACCACUUUUCUUCGUGGAGAAUUUAUGAUUGUUUAUUCAAACCCACUUUCUACCAAUAUUCUCCCCCUAUCAGAAUGGAUAUGUCGGUCAUUUCCAAUCCUUCACAAAUUGUGAUUGCGAUUUACAAAGCUUCUCCACAUUCUGGAAUGAUAUUAUGUCCCAGCGCUCAGAUACCGAGGUAAAACGAAACGCGACCAUCGAGGCUUCGGGCGAGGCCACUCUCCAUUUCUUCACAUGCACCUUUUGAAUGAAUCUCGAUACUUGAUCUAUUUACACACUUCAUUCGGUGUUGGAAUCCAUUUGGCAUCGUUUGUUCUAUAGAUCUUCAUUGCGAUACAGUUUCCACCAGUUUUAUAGCAUAAAUCUUUUAUCAUUUCUUUUAUACAUUCCAAGGUUCGUGAUCCUUCAUCGCGAGCGCUCAACUCCCAGCCUCCUAACCUCUGUUCAAUGUUGAAUAAGUACUGACUGAUGUUUACUUUUUAGAGAUCUAGUCAGACACGAUGGCACCGACGGUACAAGAUCCCGAUACUUAUGUGAAGACUAUCCGAGCAUCUCCUCCUCCCGGCUCGCCCUACUCCCUUGCGAUCCCGGGCAGUGCGCGCGAAGAUCGCAGUGGCAUUUACAGGCAUUAUCAAUUCGUGAAUAAGCCUUUACUACAGACCGUCGAUCCAGAAUGUUUGACUAGUCAUGAUUUCUUCGAGAAGGCUGUAAGAAAGAGACCAAAUGCUAGAUGUUUGGGUCACAGACCUUGGGAUCCUGUUACGAAAACUCAUGGUAACUAUCAAUGGAUCACAUAUGCGGAGACGGCAGAGCGCAGAAAGAACUUCGGUGUGGGAUUGGUAGAGCUUCACAAGAGGGCGGGAAUCACAGAUGAUAGGUAUGGCGUGGGUCUUUGGUGUCAAAAUCGUCCGGAAUGGCAGAUUGUUGAUUUGGGAGCGAUGUCUCAAUCCCUCUUCACGGUUUCUAUUUACGACACUCUCGGACCGGAUACAACGGAAUACAUCGUUAACCAUGCGACGCUUUCUUGUGUUUGUACGAGUUUACCACAUAUUCCAACGUUAUUGAAGUUGGCGCCGAGAAUACCUACAUUGAAGCUCAUUAUUUGUCUUGACAGUUUGGAUGAAGGGGAACAGCCUGGAAACACAAAGAAAUCGAUCCUAAAUGCUCUCGCGGCUGAAGUUGGAAUCGCUAUUCAUUAUAUUGGAGAUGUUGAAGCUAUUGGAGCCGCUUCUCCAAACUCUCCAAUGAACCCACCUCGACCAGAAGACAUCAUUACAAUCAAUUAUACCUCCGGAACAACUGGCAAUCCCAAGGGUGUGGUUCUUACUCAUGCACACGCUGUUGCAGCAACUUCUAUUUCGAGAGUUGUGUCUGAUCCAUUGCCUAAUGAUGUUAUUUGUUCAUACCUUCCAUUGGCACACAUUUACCAGCGUCUUGCCGAGCAUGGUUGUCUUGCUGUAGGAUCAGCUAUUGGUUAUUUCCGUGGUGAUAUUAUUGGACUUGUCGACGACUUGAAGCUUCUUCGCCCAACAGCCUUCAACUCCGUUCCUCGUCUCUACAAUCGAUUUGGAUCCGCUAUCAAAGCCGCUACUAUCGAUGCUCCAGGUGUCAAGGGCACAAUCGGUCGUCAUAUUAUCAACACCAAGCUUGCAUCGAUGAAACUUCCACCUGGACAAGCCACCAAUAAACACGCUCUUUAUGAUCGUGUCUGGACUCCUAAAUUAGCUAGUGCUUUUGGUCUUCAAAGAGCUCGUGGUUUGGUAACUGGAAGUGCUCCGAUUGAUCCUGGUCUUCAUCAAUUCCUCCGUGCAGCAUUUGGUGCCAAGUUCAUUCAAGGUUAUGGUCUUACCGAAACCUAUGCACAUGGUCUUGUACAAUACGAUGAUGAUUACACUACCGGUAAUUGCGGAGGUGUAAGCCCAUCUAUGGAAGUAUGCCUCGAAUCCGUCCCCGACAUGGAGUACCUCGCCACCGACAAACCCAAUCCUCGGGGUGAAAUUCUUCUCCGAGGUACCGCCCGUUUCCGCGAAUACUACCGCAACGAAGCCGAAACAUCCAAAGCAAUUGACGCCGACGGCUGGUUCCACACCGGUGACAUUGGAGAAGUCGACAGCAUGGGCCGCUUCAAAAUCAUCGAUCGUAGAAAGAACGUCCUCAAACUCGCUCAGGGCGAGUACAUCUCCCCCGAACGCAUCGAAAAUGUCUACUUGGCAAAUUGCAAUCUCCUCGCCCAAGCAUACGUGCACGGAGACUCGACCCAAGCCUUCCUAGUCGCAAUCUUUGGAGUAGAUCCCGUGACGUUCGCGCCGUGGGUGAGCAAGAUUCUGGGCAGAGAAAUCAAGAGUGAGGAUAUUGCGGGACUCAAGGAAGCGGGUAAUGAGAAGAAAGUGCGCAUGCAACUUGUCAAGGUGUUGGAGGGCGUAGGCAAGAAAUCAAAGUUCAACAGCUAUGAGAAGGUGAAGAAUGUGUAUUUGGAUAUCGAACCGUUUACCAUUGAUAACGAACUUUUGACUCCAACACUCAAACUCAAGCGUCCCCAAACGGCAAAGAAAUUCAGAGAUCACAUUGACAAGAUGUACGCCGAAGCCUUGGCCGACGAGAAACCAAUGGCGAAGUUGUAGAUUGCUUGUUUGAUUUGUUUGAUUGGCGCUUUGCUUUGCGUUGCUGUGACGCUUUUAUUACGAGCGCAGCGUAUCUUAUCUCAUCUCAUCUAUCUAUCUACGAUAUGAUAUGAUAUGAUAUGAUACGGUACGAUAUGAGGUCGGAAGGGGGAUCGGAAGGGGCGGGGGUUUGGUUGUAUACAGACAAAUAAAUAAAUCUUCCCGAUUUUGAUUUUGAUUUUGAGGAAUGAAGAUGGAUGAGAAGUGGGAGUGGAAGUGGGAGUGGGAGUGCGAGAUUCCCUAGAGUUACCUUUUUAUACAUGUAUGAAGUCUUGUCUUAAUAGUUGAACCUUUUUUUUUUUUGGUCA